UUGCUUUGAAGCUUGCUUUCUUCGCUCCCUUAGGUGCUUUUCUCUAUCUUUUUCCCCACAAUUUCCACAAAAUGUCUGAAGCAAGUCUCAACCCCCAAACGGACGAGCCCAAGGCUCGACCCCUCGGAGGAACCGAAUACAGCUGGAGCAGGGCCGUACCCGGCGGCACGGGCAUCACGGUCUUAUCCAUCCUCCUCACAAAACCACUGGAUAUCUUACAUCUCCAAAAUGCCCUCCGCAACUUCCAAAUUUCACACCCAAUCCUCAACUCUAAGCUACAUUUCAAUCCCACCACAAACUCCUUCUCUUUCCUAACCCAACCAACGCCCAACCUCCAAAUCCAAUCGUUCGAUCUCCCAUCAACGGAUCAGAUUCUUCGAGACCUGCUCAACCCAAACAGCGACUCCGUUACCCCAUUCCAUCUGAUCCUCGAGCACGAGCUCAACCAGAACAGCUGGCAGAAUCCCGACCAUCCAUCAUACGCUGACACCGACGUGUUCUUCGCGAGCCUUUACGCUGUAAGCGACACUCAAUGGGCUCUGAUUCUCCGGUUGCACACGUCAGUGUGCGACCGUACGGCGGCGGUUGCUUUACUGAGGGGACUGUUGGUAAAAUUGGCUGGGAGGAGGGAGGAGGGAGGGACAGAUUGGGGAUUGAAAGGGACUGAAAAGGUUAGUUUGGGAAUUGAAAAUCUCAUUCCGCAUGGCAAGGCCAGCAAGCCGCUUUGGGCGCGUGGUGUGGACAUGCUGGGGUACUCGUUGAAUUCGUUUAGGCUGGCGAAUUUGGAGUUCCUAGACCCUAAUUCGCCAAGGCAUUCUCAGGUGGUGAGGCUGCUGAUGAACGAGGAAGACACUCAAAAGCUCCUUGAUGGUUGCAAAUUAAGGGAAAUUAAACUGUCUUCAGCAUUGGCAGCUGCAGGACUGAUUGCUGUGUAUUGCUCUAAAAAGCUUGAUGAUCACCACUGGGAGAAAUAUGCUGUUGUGACACUCACCGACUGCCGUUCCAUUCUUGACCCGCCGCUCAGUGGCCAACAUCUUGGAUUUUAUCACUCCGCAAUCCUUAAUACUCAUGAUGUAAAUGGAAGAGAAACGCUGUGGGAGCUGGCAAAAAGAUGCUACAUGUCGUUUGCAAAUGCUAAGAACUCCAACAAGCAUUUCACAGACAUGGCUGAUGUGAACUUCCUUAUGUGCAAGGCAAUCGAAAACCCUGGUUUAACCAGAUCAUCAUCUUUAAGAACUGCCCUUAUCUCGGUGUUUGAAGAUCCGGUCAUGGACAAGUCCAGUGAAAUGUAUCAACAGCUUGGGUUGGAGGACUAUGUGGGUUGCUCUUCUGUUCAUGGUGUUGGACCCUCCAUAGCCAUGUUCGACACGAUACGUGAUGGACAAUUGGAUUGUGCUUGUGUUUACCCCUCUCCCCUGCAUUCAAGGGAACAAAUGCAAGAGCUAAUUGAUCAUAUGAAGAAAAUUCUUAUAGAUGCUUGUAACCAAGUUGAGAAUGGUGGAAAUGAAAUCUAGAUAAAGUUCACUGGUAGCUCAUAUCAAACGCUAUCAACAAAACAGUACUCUGUGUGGGUUCAAUUAGUAAUAAAUCAUCCAUUAAAUAGCAAGAUCAUUUUAAGCAGAAUUUUAUUGUUACUUUUAUGGUCUUAUUUCAUAAUCUUUACCUUGUAGUUUGUAAUUUUCUUCACAAUUUAUUAUUUUUAAUAUAUUCAUUUGGCACUUAAAUUCAAAAUCAA